AUGUCGUCCACGUCGGCUUCGCCUGUCUCUAUGUCUGCACCCCGUAACAGACUCCCUGAUAGUGAGAAGUGCGAAUAUUAUGCCCAUUUCACUCACAACCUAGACCGCAUCCACUUCGACGCGUUAUACUGGUCGCUCUUCUUUUUCGUGAUAGGAACUCUGUUUGUCGCAUCAUGGAUUUACCAAACAGUGAUGAAAUAUGCGGAACAACCAGAUUACGACAAGGCCGAGCUGAGGCGAAAACUCAAGAUGGCCAUGGCCUACACCACCGCUUUAUUUCUCGUGGCAGGCAUUGCCGUCGUGAUGGAAGUCUUCAGCCUACUGGCACUACAGUUCUGUGAUGGAGAAGAUCUCAUGUCCCUCUACUGGUCAACAUGGACGAUGCUGCAAUUGGGAGCCGAGAUCGCCAUCCUAGGCGUUGUACUCGCUCUAUACCAUGCACUGUUCGAUAUCAAGCACCCUAAAUGGGCUCUUGCACUAGGCACACCGGUCCUAGUCGUCGCCGGUUUUGGCCAUGUUAUACCGAUCCUCUUUCACAAAGCUGCCAGAAAACUCAAAGUCAAGCACAAGGAGAGGAGGAUGUCGAGGAGCGUCUCCAGAGAUGGAGGUCUGACGCAAGAGAAGACCAACGCCUCAUCGGCUUCAACACUUGGGGUUCAACGGUCGCGGGCGAGUAGCGCCACGCCUCCACCCAAGAACAAUAACGCACUACAGGUCCCCGGCCUCGUCACCUUCGAGAUCGACGUGGGCGGCAACGAUGAGGUUGUCAGCAAGUGGCCCAGCUUUGUGCGCAUGGAAAAUGGCAAGGCGCUGAUUCAGGCGACGAUGAAACGGGAUGACUACGACUUGGAGGCUCAACGGCCUGGCCCUAGCAGGGUGCGAUCAUGA